AUGGGAGUUGCCUGGCUCUGCCUGCUCUGCCUGGCUGGCUCCAGCCUCGUGCUGCUGGGCACCGCGGAGCCGGUGCCGGGGCUCCGGUCAUCUGAGAGCCGGGAGGAGACAGAGCUGGUCGAGGUGCUGCAGGAGGUGCUGGAGAAGUUGGGGAGCAGGGAGCUGCCGGCGCUGGAGAAGAGACUGAGCUGGGUGCCCUUGUGUGAGCCCGGGGAGCCGUGUGCGGUGCGGAAGGGAGCACGGAUCGGGAAGCUCUGCAGCUGCCCCCGGGGCACCACCUGCAACUUGUUCAUCCUCAAGUGCUCCUAA